AUGGUAAUUUUGAAUUUUCUUCUGAGUAUUAUACUGCACUACUCACUGUCUGAAGCCUUGCCACAACUUGCUGAGCCAACUGAAAACUGCUCUGGCAAAAACCAGAAAAUAUCCUUCAGCCAUUCAUACAAGAUUGAUGUGCCCAAGACUAGUCAGAUCAAGGUGGAACCACAACCCCUCCAAGAUGAUAGCCAUAUUCUCUUGGCUGCUGGUGAAAUGGAUGAGGGUGAGGAGCAAAACAUUAUAUUCAGGCACAACAUUCGGCUCCAGACGCCCAAAGGUGACUGUGAAGUCCUAGGACAGCUCAAGUCUUUGUUGGGAAGGAUGGAGAAGAUGGAGAUGGAAGUGAUACAACUGAGAGGGCUCUGUAAUCCUCAGAGGUGCUGUGGAAGAGGCCAAGGUGUUUCCUCCUGCAGUGGCCAUGGAUCCUUCAUCCAGGAGACCUGUGGCUGCAACUGUGAUGAAGGCUGGGAAGGCCCAGAUUGUUCCCGACCCACUUGCCCCAGAAAUUGCAAUGGAAAUGGGCGCUGCAUUGGUGGCCGGUGUAUUUGCAACACCGGCUAUGCUGGUGAAGAUUGCAGCCAGCUCCUGUGUCCCGAGAAUUGCAGUGGCAAUGGACUCUGUAUCAAUGGCAUCUGUCACUGUUACACAGAGUUCACUGGGGAUGACUGCAGUGAGAAGAGGUGCCCUGGUGAUUGCAGUGGCAAUGGAUAUUGUGACACUGGAGAGUGCUACUGUCAGGAUGGUUUCACUGGACUUGACUGCUCGAAAGUGCUUGCUCCUUGGAAUGUCCGUCUCCUCAAGACCACAGAGGAUUCCUUGGCCAUUGGAUGGGAUAAAAUGAUGGAAGUGGACUAUUACAUCAUCACCUACUUUCCCAUUGGAUAUGAGGCCUCUGUGAAGGAAGUACGAGUGCCCAAAAACCAGCUCAGCCAUGAGAUUCUGGGCCUUCUUCCUGGCACAAAGUACGUAAUAGCACUUCGCAAUGUAAGGAAGGGCAUUUCCAGUGAGCCAGAACUCCUGCAAGCCAGCACAGCUGUAUCUGCCAUUGGUACAAUCUGGGUCACAGAGAAAACUGAAAAUUCGCUGGAAGUGGAGUGGGAGAAUCCUGCAACAGAGGUGGAUUAUUACAAACUCAGAUUCAGUUCAUUACUUGGGGAGGAGAAGGAAGUGAUAGUUCCCAAAAACAAUGAUGUCAAGAGCAGAUAUGUUCUCACAGGCCUGAAACCAGGAACACUGUAUAAGAUUACUGUCAUAUCUGUGAAGGGAGAGAUGGAAGGGAAGCCAUCCACAGUGAACGGCUGGACAGGUAAAAAUAAAGAUCCUUUGCUAAACCUUUUCUCAAUGAAAUUGGAAUUACUGACUGGGCAUAUCACAGAAGAUACAGUAAUUUCCCAAGACAAGGGCCAGCCUCUUACAAUACACUGCGAUUUCCUGCAUGUCGGGGAAAUCGACAGCCCCCAAAACCUGGUGGUAAACCAAGUGACAGAGAGUGUAGUAUCACUGUCUUGGAGUGACGUUCAGUCUCUGAUUGACAAAUACAUGAUGAUCUACGGUUCUGCCAGUGGGGACUCUAAGGAAUUAUCUUUGGGCAAAGACAAGAACAGCACAGUCUUGAAACACCUGAAACCAGGCAUGGAGUACUUCAUCUACCUCUGGGCUGAGAGGGGAACCCAGCAAAGCAAUGGGACAAGCAUUAUAGUGGUUACAGAAAUUGAUGGCCCAACUAAUCUGGAAACCAAAAAAGUUACAGAAGACACAGCGACCAUUUCAUGGAUUGGGGCCCAGGCUCCCAUAAAUAAAUAUUUAAAUUACCUAAAGAUGGAUGACAGAAGCAGCAAUAAUAGAAAUUGUUUUAACAUGCAGCAUGGAGGUAGAACAAGAGAAAUACAUCUAGGUCCUAAUGAACGAACGUUUGUGCUAGAAAACCUUAGUCGGGGGACUAAGUACACCAUAUAUAUUACAGCCUUUAGGGGUGAUCGCUGGAGCCGAAAAGCAACUACCACCUUUACUACAGUCAGCUUGCUCUAUCCCUAUCCUGCGGAUUGCAGCCAGGUCCAGCACAAUGGGCAUUCCACCAAUGGCUUGUACACUAUCUAUCUGAAUGGGGACAUCAACAAGCCUUUCCAGGUGUUCUGCGACAUGACCACGGAUGGAGGUGGUUGGAUCGUGUUUCAAAGGAGGAACACAGGCCAGCUGGAUUUCUUUAAGCGCUGGAGGAAUUACGUUGAUGGCUUUGGAGACUCUACUGGAGAAUUUUGGCUUGGUCUUGAGAAGCUUCAUGAACUCACCACUUCUUCCCCUGUUCCAUAUGAAUUGAGGGUGGAUUUGCAAACACACAAUGACUCUGCAUACGCUGUCUAUGACCUAUUCCAGGUGGGCUCCAGCAGAGAGAGAUACAGGCUGGCUGUGGGAAAGUACAGAGGCACAGCAGGGGAUGCCAUGUCCUACCAUCAUGGUUAUAAAUUUACUACCCGGGACAGGGACAGUGACAUUGCGAUCAGCAAUUGCGCCUUGUCACACUAUGGUGGCUGGUGGUAUAAGAACUGCCACUUGGCCAAUCUCAAUGGCAAAUAUGGAGACAACGACCACAGUGAGGGAGUGAACUGGGAACCAUGGAAAGGGCAUUUAUACUCCAUUCCUUUCACUGAAAUGAAGAUCCGUCCACGGCGACAUAGCUUGGAGCCAGUCCUUGGCAGGAAAAAGAGAUCCCUGGUGGCGAAGAGGAAGGAGGUUGGAGUUUGAAAUGACUUCUUGCCAACCCAAACACAAAAAAAAUGCAUAAUCACAUAACAGUGUGUCUGCCCGUGGGUGGCUUAUGUUAAUACAUUUAUAAUCACAUUAACUGGUUUAGUGGCUCAGAAACAUUAUCUGGUAUAACUGGUUAAGAACAUCAUAUAAACAUGUGCUAUACUGUGAGUGAGCUCGAAAAAUAGAUGAGAGCUAAGGGCUAGUCUCUAUGUUACAUUUUUUAUACGGGGACCACUGAUAGAACCUGGGAAAGUUACUUUUUAGAUGGCACGUUCCAGAAUCUCUUAGACAGUGUGAACUAGCUCGUUGAGGAAUUCUGGAAGUUGUAGUCAGAAACCCAUCACAACACUGGUAACAUUUUGCAUUUGCGGAAGAGCUUGGAAAUAAUAUUGCUUCGGAUUCCCUCACUA